AUGGACCAAAGGACGAGGCUGCGCAAGGCCUGCGAUGCCUGCAGCAUUCGUAAAGUGAAGUGUGAUACUGCCGGGCCGCCUUGUCGGUCCUGCGCGAGCUUGGAUAUCCCCUGCACCUAUAAACGGCCAAGCAGACGCCGCGGUCCGCCCAACCGCCAUGCAGAGGCACUCAAGAAACAGAAGUUGGAUCCGCAGCCGGAUGGGUCUCCGUGCAGUCCAGCUGAUUAUCCAGCGGCAACCACCCCGCAAACCACGACCACGACACCUAUGAACCCACAGCCCGCGGUAUUCUCGGCUUCAGCGGAAUCCAUUUGCUCCUUGCGCACAGUGCAGCUGCUACUCGAUGACUUCUUUACUUAUAUCCACCCUCUAGUUCCCGUUCCGCAUGAGCCGACGUUCCGGGCUGCGUUUGAGCGGCGCGAAGAUGUCACAGAUCCCACGUUCCUGGCCCUGAUAGCGUCCAUGAUUGGGUUCUUGGUCGCUUCAUUUCCCCGGCGCCCGAAAUUGCGGCUGAACACCGAGGCCGAGCGCUCUGCGUUUCCCAACUCGAUUGCGCUCGUCAAGCGCUGCCAUGAUGUUGCUAUCCAAGCCCGUGGCACCGGGUAUCUUGACCGUAAUGCGACGGUCUACGACGCGGCCAUCAGUUAUUUCCUGGGUGCUUGUGCCGGUUACAUCUAUAGCAUACGCCGGUGUCGUACCUAUCUGGCAGAAUGCCGGACAAUCAUUCAAGUUUUCGAUCUGUGUCGAUCUCCCAAUAGCCUUCCGCCAGCCUCUACAUUAGGUCCCACCAGUCCGAUGUCGACCGCCUCCAUCUUCACGCAGGAUCAUACCGGCCACAGCCUCAUCGACAACCAGACGGUCGACCUGAUCACCCAAGAACUGGGCCGCCGUCUUUUUUACGUCUCAUUUGUCGGGUACCAGACUCUGCUCCAACUCGGCUCCUCCGACACCAAAGUCUUCGUGUCUCCCGAAACCCCAACGGACCGCUACCCACCGCUCCCGUUGGAAAUAGACGACGAGUUCCUGUUUCCAGGACAUAUCGAGGCGCAGCCGCCAACGCGCGUCUCGCGUCUGGUCGGAUUCAACGCCAACGUGCGCGUGUACAGCUCGUACAACGCCUUGAUGGCGUGGGAAAUCGCAUUUGGCAGUUGUCAGGUUCUCGACUGGGAGCACCAGCGCUCCACGAUCUGGGAAUGUCUUCAGAAAGCGCGGACCGCACUGCUCGAGGUGCCUGUCGAGUUAUCGCUGCACCACCCGAAGCAGAUUUCUCCUGCAGGCUUGUCGGGACUCGGCGAAGACGGCUCGGUCUUCAGUUACUCGGAUGACCACAUCCACCAAGAACGGCGCGCCAUCCAGUACGAGAUUCAAAAAGCCAAUAUCUACGCCAGUCAGCUGUGCACCCGCUCUUACCUUGUUGAAAAGUACUGGAAUCUGUUUGAAGCGUUUUCAAAGUACGGGAAAUUGCCCACCCAGCCCACUCCGAAUACCACUACAUCUUUCUCUAAUACAACGGGUGUCAAGAGCGAAGGCCAAUCGGGCGCGUCUCUGGGUGUCGCUGCUGCUACGCCCUCUUAUGCUUGCUCCCCAGCUCAGCUGCAUGCCCAGACAGAUCCCAUUGGCCGGAUGAUGUCCGAGGAGCGCAAGCUGGUGAUCAAAGACCUCUUCGUGCUGCUGCGCAGGGUGAACGAAGUCAACAUGGAGCCGAACGGGGCCAGCAUAACAGGCAAAAUCCGCCUCGUAGCAUCCACCCUCCUCAACCUUCCCCACUACCCAAAAUCAGCCUACACCACAUCGACAUCGACAUCAAUCCCUACAGAAGUUCCUAACACCACAGAUACAGCAUCCACAGAAUCUGGGCAAUCAGCUCCUCCACCAGUCCCUGACACCUCCAUAACUUCCAACCACAACACCACCACACCGGGCCCGCACACCCUCACCCCCGCAGAAGCAGAGUCCUACCUCCAUGCCUUCAUCGACACCCUCGUCCGCCUGGAAUGCCACUCCGCCGCCACAGACACGGGCUCCAAUCCCGAGGGCGUGAGCCCUCGCAUGAACGGCCGCGCAAUGAGCUACCUGAGUGACUAUGAGCGCGACCAGGAGGAGCUGAGCCAGUGGGCGAGUUUGAAGGAGUAUCAGCAGAAGUUUGCUGAAGCUGGGGGUGUUUUGUCGGAAUUGUAG